AUGGCCACCCCCCUCUAUCCCCCGGAGCGCAGGAGCAGGAUCAAGACCCUCCUAGACAAACUCCUCGGCCGAAACCCCAAAUUCUUCAAGGUCAUCAGGACCAGAAAGCUGAAAUCCGCCAAUGUACCCCACCCAGAGAUGAUGGAAGACGCAUCCCACGACGCCGCCCUCCCAGACCCCUCCUUCACUACCUUUGCCAGCUCUUCUACCAACUACACUGCCCCUCCCAACAACCAAGGAUGCCGUAGUCUCCUCUGCUUCACUAAUCAUCCCAACAGCAGCAACAGCACCACUUCAUCGACCGGUGCCCGCACCUCUGCAUUCUACGCCACUGGCCCAUCACGUAGUUGUGCCGUGUUGGAAGGGACGCUAAUCCCCACUGCUAUCCAGCCCCAGACUUUCUUCCUGAGAGGUGUCCCCAUACCGGAGAGCGCCAGUUCUGCUUCUUUCUCUCGUGACGAUGAUGAUGUGAAUGGACUCCCCGAUGACAGGCGGACGCUUCCUAGUCAGAGGCGCCGCCAGCCGGGACUUGGACGGACGGGGAACAUGAGGGAUAUGAGGCAGGCUUAUCUUGAUUCAGAUUGGAGAGAUGAGGCUGGUCCUUGCGAGAUUCACCACCAUGGCCAGACUGGGGUGACAUGA